UCGUAAUGUACAAUACUGAUGACUACACAGCCAAUGUUACCCGUUACAAUAACACAGGACAACAUUUAACGUCAAUAUCACACGACAGCACAGGUCAGGGACUGUAUAGAGAACCUAUCUACAUCACAGAGAACCGCAAUGGAGAUGUUAUUGUGUCUGACUGGAAUCGUGGUGUAGUGGUGACAGAUCAAAGAGGAAAUCAUCGCUUCUCAUACAGGGGACCUCCAUCAGAAACACGUAUAAAUAUACGACCACGUGGAGUCUGUACGGACGCGUUAUUACACAUCCUCGUGUGUGAUCUUAAAAGCCACUCAGUACAUAUGAUUGACAAGGACGGGAAGUGUCUGUCACUGAUACAGACACAACAGGAGAUAAACAGACCACAGAGUCUGAGUUAUGAUGACAAAACUCACUGCUUCUGGGUUGGAUCAUGGAAUAAUAACAAAGUUUGUGUGUAUAGAUAUAUAAGCAGGCAUGACUACACAGGAAGAUAACGAAGAAGUACAAUGGUCUAAGUUCAAUUAAUCAACACAGAUUGAGGGUAAAAUAGAACCAGAGAAAGGAUGGGGUACUCUGAAAAGGGCUCAGUCUACCCUGUCACACAUAGAAAACCCUUGUCUAGACUUGGUGAAGAAGAAA